AUGACCACAAGCAGCAAUGGUAAAACCAGGGAGGUUAUUAAACGUAAAUUGGUUAUUGUUGGAGAUGGUGCUUGUGGAAAAACCUCUUUAUUAUCCGUUUUCACAUUAGGUCGUUUCCCAAAGAUCCCAACUGUAUUUGAAAAUCGGGUGACUGAAAUCAAAAUCGACGGAAAACCAGUACAACUGGCGUUAUGGGAUACAGCUGGACAAGAAGAAUAUGAGCGAUUGAGGCCACUCUCCUAUUCUAAAGCUCACGUCAUCCUGAUUGCAUUCUCAGUCAGUUCACCAGAUUCGUUCGAGAAUGUCAGUGAUAAGUGGAUUGAUGAAGUAAAUAGUCUUUGCCCGAACGUACCUGUCAUUUUAGUUGGAUUAAAGAAGGAUCUAAGAGAAGACGAUGAAACUAUUGCAGAUAUGAAGAAAAAAGGCAUAUCAUUUGUGGAAACAAGACAGGGUGAAAUAACGGCUCAACAGAUAGGUGCUAAGAAAUAUAUCGAAUGUUCUUCAUUAACUGGCGAAAAUGUGGAUAACGUUUUUGAAGCCGCGUCGCGGGCGGCACUCUUGACGCAAGGAACUAAAGAAGGAUGCUGUGCUGUCCUGUAA